UAGUGCCUUCGCGCACCUCAUCGUAGCAGUUCUUCGUACGUAGCACGUGAAAUGAAAGUUGAAUAUUACACUCCUUCAUAGUGAAAAGAAGCAAGGAAAUAGCACGAUUAACCAUUAAUCACACCAAAAAAGGGUGUACCGUUUUGCUCGCAGAUCAAGAAACCAUCUAAGGACCAAUUUUGACGCGGGUGAUCCGGUUUGAUAAUCGCGGAAGCAAAUUCAGUGAGUGGCAGCAGUGAGUGGACGAGAAAAAAAAAAUUGCGAAAGGAUUCUUGUCAUUGUCAAAAAAAGAAGGCCGUCAUUUCGGGUCAGCAGCAAGACUGGAUAAACGAACUACGCAGAAACAAGGAAAAAAAAUAUUUUCGAUACGUGUACAGGAGAAACUCAUCAGGAAUUCGUACUAACAAAACCCAUAAAGACUGAGUGGAAGGGUCGAAAAUCGCAGAUUCAGAUUUCAAGUCUACCCUCACCAAGCAGUGCGGAAUCUGGCCUUCCCAACAGCAAUUGUCAACGUAGCAAAUCGUAGCAGUCAUUAAUUUCAUGCUGUUUCGACUAAAUCGUGCAAAAUCAAGCUAGACCAGUCGAAACAAAAGAAUUUGCCACUUAAGCAACCUGAUACUGCCACGUAACAGAGCUCUAUCAAUACGCCACUAGUCCCUAAGAGGUAGUCGAAAGGGAAAACACUGUUAUUCAGCGAAUCCUGCUUACCUGCAUAUGCACUACGAUAAACAACAUUAUCCUGCCAAGUGAAACUUAAGCAGCGGAGAAUAUAUUUUAUUUUUUUAUCAUUUUAUUGUUUAUGAAAUUAUUUGUGCAACGAAUAUCAGGGAACACGCACUAGUAAAUCGAUUUUGUCAAUAGAUACGCUUAACACCUAGUAAUGGCUGACACAAGCGAUCCCGUGGUCGCUGACCAGCAUCAGCAGCAGCAACCAGAAGAGGAUAACAAUAAUCAAAUCGACCUGGCUGAUUCGGUGGCGAAGUUAAACAUCAACGGAACAGCCGAUCACGACCAGUCUUCGCAUAAUAGUAACGAUGAAAGUGACAACAAUAAUCUCUCCUCCUCCGGCAAUAUCAACAAUAAUGUCGAUGGUGCCCAUAUGUCGAUAGGGAAACGUAUUCGCCGAACGUCCGAAAAGCUACUCGGCGAGGAUACAAUGGGAGCACGGAAGAAAUAUUCUUUGGAUCAGCUACUGUCACUGAAAGAUACCACGAUUAGCAGAGAAAAGCCCACAACGAUACCGGAUGUGUGUAGAUCUAUCUUGAAAUCAUCGCACAGUCCAAUGAGUGCAGCAUGUAGAAACUUCGGUAAUCAGGACAAUUCACUGUUGCCAACCUUCAUGAGGGGAGGAAUGGAUGGUGGCGGUCCCAUGAUGGGCAGCCGACCGGGUCCGAUGAAAAGGGCACCAUAUCAAGGCCGGUUAUCGGCCAAGGAAAUGCGAUCCAGCGGAGGAGAUGAUGUGGACUGCGGUAUAAUCAAGGUCAAUUUGAACAUCGCCGAAGAGGUGAAACUUCGUGAAUCUGCCAACGCUUGGAGGCCACGAUUUUUACUGAAACAGGAAGAACAGAUGGAUGAUGAAGCCAAGAAAACGCACGAACUCUUCAAGAAAUUCCGCAGCGUCCUGAACAAACUCACACCGGACAAUUUUGGUACACUGGUUGAAAAGGUAAAACUGUACGAAAUUGAUACGGAGGAACGAUUGGAUGGAUGCAUCAAGAUUUUAUUCGAGAAGGCCAUCAUGGAACCCAGUUUUACUGAUACCUACGCUCAGAUGUGCGAGGAGCUGGGAACCAUUAUAAAGAUUGAAACGACCGAUAAUAAACAACCACCGAACUUUAAGCGCAAGCUUAUCACUCAGUGUCAAAAGGAAUUCGAAAAACAUCACACUGAUAAGGAAGAGAACGCAACUGAGUUGGAAGAAUCAAAGAAGAAGGCUGCCGAAGAGAAAUCUGCAGAGAUUAAUGAGUUGCAAUUCGAACUGGAGGAGAAAGACGCCAAAAUUCGGAGGCGAGCCAUGGGAACAAUCCGGUUCAUCGGCGAGCUGUUCAAACACGAUCAGCUCACCUGUAAAAUUAUGUAUACCUGCAUCAACAUUCUGCUGAGCGAAGACAUGUUAGAUGAAGAGUCGCUAGAGUGCCUCUGUAAGCUGCUGACUACGAUAGGUGGACGAAUGGAGAAGGACCCGGUGCAAGAUUCCCAAGGUCUGCAGUACUACUUUGAACGUCUGCAGGAAAUUGCCGAUAGGAAGUCAACCCUCCAAGUAAGCAACAGAAUUCGAUUUAUGAUUUUGGAUCUGGCUGACCUGCGGAAGAACAACUGGCAACCGCGUAGGGCACAAGCUGCACCGAAAACGAUGGAUGAAAUUCAGAAAGAAGUGGAAACCGAAGAGAAUAAGAACCGAAUUUUGAACUUUGUAUUGUCCGGAAGUGGAGGCCGUGGUGGUGGCGGCGGUUACCGUCAGGAUGGCGAUCGAAAUCGCGGCGACGGUAAUGCAUCUAAAAACAAGCAACGGUUUGUCGAUGACGAUGGGUUCGUGCAGCCGGUGUCGAAGAACGCGGCUCGCCAGCAGAUGCCUAUGUUCGAUCCGAAGAAGCUCAACUUGACGCAAAAAUCCACGGAGGUAACCCGCCUGGGUUCGGCAUCGAUGUUCCAAGGUUGGGGCAACAAUAAUGCAUUCGCCUCACUCACCGAUGAACAACAGCAGCAGCAGCAGCAGCAGCAAAGCUCGCCGACACCAAGCUUCUUCGGUCCCGGAGGUCUUGGCGGCGGAAGUAGUGGCGGCGGUCCAGGCAGCAGUGGUGGUCAUUCGUCCGGUGGAGGCGGAGGAAGUAAAGGUGGUGGCGGCGGCGGUGGGUACGGAGGAGGGAAUAAAAAGUCCGGUGGUGGUGGAGGUGGCAAGAAACCCCUGUAUCAUGGUAGAAACAGUAGUCGCUUCUGAUGAUAGGCCCAAGUGUGAUGAUGAACAGUCGGUUGAUCAAAAUUUCCUGGUUUAUAGCAGUUUAUUUCCUUUUUUGCGUCUUAUUAUGUUGUUAGAGAACCUUUUUGAAACCGAGAAACUGAUGUAGCAGAUAGCGAAUAUACAUUAUACACGUAUUUUCAUGAAAAUUUUUGCGAUGUAUCUUCCAAAUUUCAGGCCACUUUGAAGGUGUAUCGCCUUUUGCAGCAGGACAGGGAGGGAUUCAGUUGAGCUGAUCGACAAUUACUUUAUAGUGUAGGGUGCAUACAUUUUUUUAAUAGAAGGCGAUUAUAUUUUUGUUAACAGGUUCUGCUUUUGUUUUCACAAUCAUAGCUUUUAGAUGGAUAUUUUGAAUAAUUAAAACUGCUGUAGUUUUCUGUACAUUCAAUCAAACUAAUGUUAAUUGCACUUAGUUGUCCGAAAGAGCGUACGUAAACUUGCCGGUUCACACACACACAGUGCAUUGAGCAGAACUUCUUAGAAGUGACGUAAUUGAGCCUCACUAACGACAUGCGAAACUGCCAAUAUUACUAACUAAAGUUCCUUUUGCAAUAUUUAAUUCAUGUAGCGAGAGGGGCAAGAAUUGCACUGCAUAUUCCAAAUCUUACAACUGCGCAAAACAAAAGGAGAUCACACCAUGUGAUCACAUAUUGAAAUACAGUUGACAAAGAGACAAAAAAGCGGACGUUAACGGAGAUUAAUAAAAAAAAACGCGAGUAAAACUAUACACGAGUGACACUAAUCGUUAUAGUCAAGCUAUAUGCUAAUCGUAAAAAUGAGAAUUAUCAAAUCCAGAACAUGUUGUAUAGUGUAAGCUCCAAUUGCCUUUCAAACUUCCAACUGAUUGAUUGUGAAACAUAUAUAGAUAAAGAGCCACCAAUCAAUGGCUUUUGCUACUGAUAACCAAUGAGUAGUUUGCGAAAGGAAGUCCUACUCAAAUUAAUUAUGAUUCAUUUUGAAAAUAUCGUCGUAAGUAUGUGGGAAAACGGAACACUAAAUAUAGGGAAACGAUAUUAUAUUAAGUCAAACACGGCAAGGAUAGCGUAAAUGCUCAAGAAACACAUGCAUACAUACAUACAUACAUACACAUAUUAAAACAGGUGACACUAUCGAUUAUGAGAUGAUCGAUUUAUAGGAAAAAUUAAAAUAAAUAAUUCAUAAAUAACAACAUGGAUAAAACUAAUUUUAAACAUUAAAACUAUAUAAAAGUCCAGAAGAGUAAACAAAUAGAAAGCCCUCUACUGUAUGGAGUAAAGGUGAAAUUACCAGGAAAAUCUUGUGUACUUUUUGCAAAUCAUACAUAUUGUUAAAAAUGUAAGCAGUUACAAAAAGCAAAAAAAAAACAGUCCGUUAUCCCAAAAACCAA